UUGUGCAUGCAGCGCUACCAUGGAAUCAGUGGAGUGGGGAAUACGGCCCAGCCACUGCAGUGUGGGGCUGGCAGGUGACAGAGAACAGGGAACACGACACAGGACACUGGAGACAGGGCUGGCCAUGCCCCAGCUCAGGCUAGUCCUGCUCCAUGUACUCAUGGGAAGAAGGAGGAGCAGCAGUGGCCACUGCUGCUCGACGAAGGCGCGGGCUAUGACAGCCGCGCUGCACCUCCAUAGGCACAGGCUGUCCCGCAUCACCCCCUGCCUCUACCUCAGCGACGGCAUGGCUGCAGGCAACGCACAGCUCCUGGCUGCCAACCGCAUCACCACCAUCAUCAACGUCUCCCUUGAGUUGGCCAACAUGUUUCACCCUGGCAUUGAUUACCUACGCAUCCCGGUGGCCGACACCCCCACAGCCCGCAUCUCUGCCUGCUUCAACUCCGUUGCCGACUUGAUCCGCAGUGUGGGUGAGCGCGGGGGCCGCACGCUGGUGCACUGCGCAGCCGGGGUGAGCCGCUCAGCCACCGUCUGCAUAGCCUACCUGAUGAAGCACCACGCCAUGUCACUGGCCAGUGCUCAUGCUUGGGUCCGCUCGUGCCGGCCCAUCAUCCGGCCCAACAACGGCUUCUGGCGGCAGCUCAUCCACUACGAGUAUUUGCUGUUUGGCAUCAACACCGUCCACAUGGUCCACUCACCCUUUGGGAUGAUACCUGACAUUUAUGAAAGGGAAGCGAGGAUGAUGUUCUGAGUGUGGCCCAGCUGGGAAUCAGGGGAAGCAGAAGGUGGAGUUGCAGCAGAGCUCGGAAAUAAACUCUCGUUGUCUGCCA